CCCUUGAUCAAGAACAAGGGAGACAAGUUUGAUCACCUGUAUCAGAAAGCACUGGAAGGCUUCGCAUUUAUCCUGGCCCAGGAAGGAGAUAUCGUUUACCUGUCCGAGAAUGUAGCCAGAUACUUGGGUCUACAACAGAUUGAGCUGAUAGGACAAAGCGUGUUUGACUUCAGCCAUCCCUGUGACCAUGACGAGAUCAAAGAAAUGCUGACCAUCAAACAAGGGCAGCACCAGCUGACGUCCUCGGACACCAGGAACUUCUUCAUGCGAAUGAAGUGUACACUGACCGCCAAGGGCCGCAAUGCCAAUCUAAAGUCAGCUACAUACAAGGUUUUGAAGUGCACUGGUCGCCUGAUAGCCAAAAAAGCUACAACACAGGACAGUGACCUGGAUCAGUGUCAGGUCCAGACCAAUCUGCAUUACCUGGUGGGUAUCGCGGAACCUAUACCCCACCCAGUGAAUAUAGAAGUUCCUCUGGACAGCAAGACUUUCCUGUCCAAACAUGGCAUGGAUAUGCACUUCCUCAUUUGUGAUGACAGAAUCCAAGAACUAGCUGGCUACAGUUGUAAAGAUAUGAUAGGACAGUCUCUGUAUGACUUUCACCAUGCGUUAGACUCUGAUGUUAUUGACAAGGCAUUCAAAGAUCUUUUCUCUAAAGGUCAAACUAUGACAGGCUCCUACCGUUUCCUGGCAAGACAUGGAGGCUAUAUAUGGGUGGUUACCCAGGCAACCAUCAUUAACAACAGCCGAACCCAAAAGCCCCAGUCAGUGGUGUGUGUGCACUAUGUACUCAGUGGCAUUGAAGACAGCGGCAUGAUCCUGUCCCAUAUACAGUGCCCAACAGAAGCAGCCUCCAUCUCUGAACGUGUACUCCCAAAGGUCGAACUCAGCACAGAGAACAUAUUUGCUCCAAAGACCAAGGACAUGGACAAGGAGUAUAUCAUACCUCCAGAGAUCAAGAAUUCAAUUUUCCCAGGCAGCGAUGCAGAAGACCUGUCUUAUCUGGCACCUAAUGCUGGCGAUGAGUUAAUUCCUCUCACUUUUCCCACUUUUCCUGGAUAUGACAUUUUGUUGUCAGCCAGUUCGGCAUUGAAGCAGGAGCCUGGAACAGUCACUCCAGACAUGUGCUAUCGCAAAGAUGCAUCGCCAGCAUCCGCUCUGUCCUCCAACUCAUCAUCAAGAAUUGCCAGUCCCAGUGACUACCUGAAUCUAGCCAUGCCGGAAGCUGUGGACUCCAUGGACAAGUUCUUCCAGUCAAUUAAGACCUCGGAGCAAGAGAGGGAUAUAGAAGACAUAGACUUUGACAUGAGGGCUCCCUAUAUACCCAUGGAUGGGGAGGAGGAUCUGGGAUUGCUGCCUCCUUCUUCUAAUGUACUGUUCAAUCUCACCACAGAGAUUAAUCCUGGAUUGUUUGGGCUUACUGAAUCUGUGUUCCAGUCGAAACAGUCUCUUUUUGAGGAACCUCCACAGCCAGCAAAGAUGAGUGUACGAGACAUGCUAGGUGGCAGCACUGCUGUAGCUAGCAUUGAGCAGCCGCCAGAUACCAUGUACCUGCAGCUGAAACGGCCAUUAGACAUGAAUAGCCUGGAAAAGGGCCCUCCGAAGAAGAAGCUUGCACGGCUGAACCCGGAACCAGUAUCCAUCCGUUCGGGGACUACAGCCAGUCCUGUAUUGACACAGACAGGACAAACCAUGAGCGCCAGCAACAGUGUUCUGCUGAACCUGUUGAUGAAAGGAGAGGAUCGCAACUACGGCUACAAGGUCAGCAACAUGCUGAUAGAUCCCAGCAAAACUUGUUAUCAGAUCAUUCUGCCCAAUCUGACUCGUCAAGACUGUGAGGUCAACGCACCAACCCAGGCUGCAAACCUUCUACAGGGGCAGGAAUUGUUACAAGCCCUCGAGGGCAUCGCUCCAAAAGUCGGCAGCAGAAGUUGCCGCUCUCUAGUUUGA